AUGAGUGGAAAGUUUGUUCGGGCGAGUAAAUAUCGCCAUGUGUUUGGCCAAUCGACGAAAAAGGAAUUGUGUUACGAGAACCUCAAAAUCACCAAAAACGCCUGGGACUCUAACAUCAUUCAGGCCAACAACGACUACCUCUCGGUAAACUGGGACGCCUCCGGCGGUGGUGCCUUUGCCGUGAUUCCCGUCAAGGAAGUGGGCAAGGCUCCCGACACCGUGCCGUUGUUCCGCGGCCACAAAGCCCCCGUCACCGACACCGCGUUUAACCCGUUCAACCGGCGCCAGAUUGCCAGUUGUGCCGACGACGGUAAGAUCUGCGUGUGGGAAAUUCCCGAGGACUACUCGUUCCACCGCUACCUCGACGACAACGACGAAAUCAAGGACAUCACCGAGCCGCUCAAGGUGUUGCUGGGCCACACCCGUAAGGUUGGCCACAUCCAGUACCACCCGUGUGCCGAAAACGUCCUUGCCCUGUCGUCGUUGGACUACACGGUGAAGAUCUGGAACGUGGAGACGGGUAAGGCCGAGAUCACUUUAAAGCACAAGGAUCUCGUCACGUCGUUCGCGUUCAACUACAACGGGCUGUUAUUGGCCACCACCUCCCGUGACAAGAAGUUGCGCAUCUGGGAUAUCCGCAAGGGUGAAGUGAUCUCGGAAGGCCCGUCGCACACCGGGGCGAAGCCGCUGCGAGUUAUCUGGUUGGGUAACACCGACAGAGUGUUGACUACGGGUUUUGACCGGUUGCUGGAUCGUCAGAUUGGGUUGUGGGAUAUCAAUGCCAUCGACAAAGGUCCCAUCAACGGCUUCCAAAUCAUCGACGCGCUGUCGGGGGUUUUGAUUCCGUUCUUCGAUGAACUGUGUCUGAUCCUUUAUCUCGCCGGUAAAGGUGACGGUAACAUCCGCUACUACGAAUACGACAACGACGUGUUACACGAAAUUUCGCAGUACGCGCUGACCGACCCGCAAAGAGGGUUCGCUGUUGCCCCUAAGAAUGCGGUUAAUGUCAAGGAGUGUGAAGUGGUGAAGCUGUACAAAACCGUUAAGGAUCUGGCAAUCGAGCCCAUCUCUUUCAUUGUCCCGAGAAAGUCGGAGUUGUUCCAGGAAGACAUCUACCCCGAUUGCCCUUCGGAAAAGCCCGCAUGUGGCGCCGACGACUGGUUCUCGGGUAAGGAGAUCAACGGCCCUGUGCUCAUGAACAUGGAAGCCUUGUUUGAAGGUGAAGAACCUGAAUUGAGAGAUUCUGAUCCUAUGGUGAAGGUUUCGGAAAAGAAGGCCGAAGCGGAGAAGAAGGCUGAAGAGAAAAAAGCUGCUUCUGCCCCUCAAUCCCCUGUCAAGAAGGAAGAACCCAAAAAGGAAGCCGACGCUAAGGCUAAGGAUUUGCCUGAACCUAACCCCACCGUCCCUAACUCGGGUAUGCCUAAGCUUACUAAUGCCGAGCUUGACGACUCGUUGCAAUCGUCGGAGAAGGUCAACUCCAUGCUUAAAAAGGUUGAGGACAACUCUGAUGACGAAGUCGAGGACAACGACGGUUGGGAAGAAAUUCCCAAGUCUACCAAGAAUGUCGCUGCCAACGGUGAAGCUAAAAAGGCUGAUGUGAGCGCAGCUAAGGAGGAGCCUAAGAAGGAAGAACCCAAGAAGAAGGAAGUAGCCAAGAAAGACAUUCCUGUCAAGGAAGAACCCAAGGAGGAGCCUAAGCAAGAAGAGCUGAAGAAGGUUACCCCAACUGAGGAACCCAAGGUCGAAGCCACCAAACUGGAGUCUAAGGUGGAAGCCAAAGAGACCAAGGACGAAGCCAAGGCUAUUGAGAAGGAAGACACUAAGGAACUGACAAAGGCCGCCACUGAUAGCGUUGACGCUAAGCCUGAAGCGGAAAAGUCGAAGACUUCGAGCGCUCCUACGCUCAAGCAAACGGUGGAAAAGCUUGCCCAAAUUGCCGUGAACCUUGAACAACAAAUCGAAAAGAUGGCCCAGGCCCAGUUGGAAAAGGACGACAGAUUGGCGGCCUUAGAAGCCCGCAUCGAGCAAUUGAUGAAAGGCAACUAA